AUGACAGGAACCAGGAUUGCAGUUUGCAAGGCCCAAGGCGGUUGCCCCACAUGUCCCCUGGGACCAUCUCCUUUGUUAAUAGCUGUAUUAGCAUUAUUAUUACAGGUUAGGGCUUGUGCCUUGCACUUGGCAGCUGCCAAGGAGUAUAUUUUUGAGCUCAACACACAGUCACAGAUCCUCAUGGUGAGCGGUGGGGGUGGGGAUGGUGGUGGCGGUGGCGGUGGAGGUGGCAUGAGGACGGUGGAGUGCCUGAGGGGGAGGCUUCUCGCAGAGAGGGUGGCAUCCAAGGCUGCAAAGGAGGAGGCCGACCAACUGUCCAAAAGGCUGGACGAGCUAGAGAAGAAGCUCGCCGACGAGGUCAAGGUGAGGAACAAGGCGGAGAGGAGGCUCAGGAGGGCCAUCAAGAAGCUGGAAUCCCUCAAGAUUCUGGACGUCGGGCUCUCGGACGGCUCCAUUGGGUCGCUCUCCUCCAAUGGCCGCUCCGGCUACCAGGCGCCGGAGGUGGAGGUGGAGACGGUGGAGGAGAGGAACAGCCCUGGCUCGUUGACCACUGAUGGUUCUGUGCCAUCCGGUCCUUGCGGAGACGCCGACGCCGACAGGGACAUCGCCAGGGAAUCAUCGGAGGGAUCAUGCACUCAGGUGAAUUCGUCCUCCCAGGACGGGAGCUGGUGCUCCGUUGUGUCAGAGCAAUCCCGGGCUGGUUCUUGCAUGUAUCUUGCCGGAAACACCACCCACUGCAGUUCAGAGGGGAGUGGCGGCGACCAUGAUUCAGAGAGGCAACACCUUGAUGCAUCCAGUGGCUGUGGCUCAGCAAAAUCCGAAGAGGCGUUCUACGAAAGCGACGACAGGCUAGCGCUUGUGCUAGUAGACCCCCAGCUCGUUGCAGCAGCAGCAGCAGCAGCAGACGACGACGGUCCAAGAACGCAGGACAACGAGACGCAGGCAGGAGAGGUCCGUGCCAGGAGUCACGACGAAGAACAGCAGGAAGAAGAGGAGACCAACAAGCUUGCGAUCGUUCUAGCCGACCCCCAGCCUCAACCGGCAGCGGUCGCCGCUCAAACGGGGCCGCCGAAGCCACACGGCGACGUGGAGUCCGUUCUCCUGGCGCUGCGGCGGGUGAAGGAGCAGCUGCGCUACACCAUCGAGCGGCGGUCGCAGCUCGUCGCCUACCAGGAACUCUAUGGCCACUGA